ACAACAGCGUUGUCUCGGAGAAUCGGGCUAAUUGUUUGUGUUUAGUGACCUCUGGUGGUGAGCGCAUGAAGUUACACAUAUUUAUGGCUGUGCCCUGUGGAAAUCUACAGCCUACACAUAUAAUACCUUUUUAACCACAGAUGAGGUCCAGCUCCAGCCACCACAAGCCAAUGUACUCCCUCUACAAGACACAAAUAUAGAAUUGUUUUGUAUCCACUGCCGGGGGACACUGGAUAGACACUGGCCUGAAGAAGAGGCGGCGACUCAGGCGAAGAGGCGGACAAAGAUAGUCGAAGUCUGACCUCAUUUGAAGGACCUCGGAGAUACUCUUGAUGAAGUUGAUGAGUGUCUUGGGCUGCACACAAAAGAAAUCACAUGGAGGUGCUGUCGGGCUCACAUGACAUUCUGAACUAUGGCAGGCGAGAUCAAUGAAGGAUCGGUUCCUCCAUACUACAGGGAGGUCUAUGAAUCCAUCCGAAGUAAGACUGAUGAAGGAGUGCAGGUGGAGGUCUUCCAGAGAUUGCUCAGCAGGACAGAUCUUCCCAGUUCUGUGCAAGGCCAGAUUGCUGGGCAUGUUGAAUACACAGAUGGAUUCUUAAGCAAGUUGUCUCUCUAUAAAGGACUGGCCUUAAUUGCUCUUGCUCAGCAAGGAAAGCAACCAAGCCCAAAACUCUUUGAGAAUUGCAUACAAGAGUUUCCUAAGCCCCAACUUGGUGAUUUAAAGGACAUCCAGACUCUGAGGAUGCAGCCAUCUCAAGAAAGCCCCCUCAUAGUGUCCCAGACCCUGGACAAGCUACUGGCCAAAGAUACUGUCCUGGUGGAGCUCAUUCCAGAGAAGAAGGGCCUGUUUCUAAAACACGUGGAGUACCAGAUCAGCAGCCAGCAUUUUAAGAUAUCCGUUUACCGGCGGUACAGUGAUUUUGAUGUCUUUCAUGAGCUCUUGCUGCAGAGGUUUGCAUACAGAAUGGUUCCUGCACUGCCACCUAAAAGAAUGCUGAAAGGAGUGCUGACCUCCAUGUCUGAACGGGAGUUUAUUGAAGGGAGGCGGCGUGCUUUGGGACGGUUUGUCAACCUAGUGGCCCGACACCCCUUCUUCUCUGAGGAUGAGCUGGUCAAGACCUUCCUCACCUUCAAUGGAUCAGAUGUUCAAGUGAAAAUGCGUGAUGCCUGCAAAAAAGUGGGGGAUGAAUUCAUGACAAACAGAUUUGCGACUCUUGCAAAGGAGUACCUUCCAGCUGAUAUCCAAGCCCAGUUUUCAUCAAGCAGGGAGCUGAUCAGGAAUAUCCACAACAGCUUCCACAAGCUGAGGGACCGUGCGGAGAGGAUGGCAGAACGCUCCAAGGAAAACGCCACAGAUCUGCUUAUGUUUGGAAGGGAGCUCAGUACCCUAGGUUCGGAUGGUUCACCCAUUCCUACUUUGGCCUCAUCUCAAAGCACCUGGGGCAUUCUGCGUCAGUCACUGAAAGGCCUUUCUGUGGAGUUUGCUUUGCUAGCCGACAAAGGUGCUCAGCAGGGAAGAAGAGAGGAGGAUGAUGUUGUGGAAAAACUGAAUCUGUUCUUGGAUUUGCUACAGUCAUACCGAGACCUGUGUGAGCGGCAUGAGAAGGGGGUGUUGCAUGAGCACCAGAAGGCGCUGCAGAAGUACGGCAUGAUGAAGAGGCAGAUGAUGAGUGCCACUGUUCAGCCCAAAGAGCAGGUGUCCGUGGAGCAGCUGGAGUCCCGCAUCGUGCAGCAAGAGAACGCCAUUCAGACCAUGGAACUGCGGAACUAUUUCUCCCUCUUCUGCCUUCAUCAGGAGACUCAGCUCAUCUUCACCUACCUCCCGAUCACCUCCCAUAUCCUGGGAGCCUUUGUCAACUCACAGGUCCAAGGUCAUCGAGAGAUGGGUGCGGUGUGGAACGAUCUCGAGCCCAAGCUUGGGUGCCUCUUCGGUGUCAACAACGGAAUGCAGUCGCCUCCUCCAACAUUCAUUUAGACGACCGUGCACGUGGUGAAGAUGCUGCUUUGCGAGCCGAGACACAGUGAAAGUCUCAGAUGUGACUGACCGUGGCGUUUUCAUAAAAAACCUUACAAGCAAUCAUGCUUUCCUUUUGUGCAAACCGUGCCUUUAUUAGCAGAGUAUUGCUCAAUUAUACCUGUUGUGCAGAACGUGCAUCCUCCUUAGAGUCAGGGGCGCUAAACAGGAAGUGGAAGAGUGCUUGGCAGAACGCGCUGCUGCUGCCUGCUGUUGAUACUGCCUGGUUGUCCUUAGUGUUUGAGGAGAGGACAAUACAGAUUUUCAUAAUUGCCGUUUGAUAUCUAGAAAAAGCGGGACCUUCCUGUUAUUUUUCUAGUUCACUGCCUUUACCAUAAGGACUUUUCUUUAUUACUCGCAGACAAAUGUAUUUGUUUAAAAUACACAUGUAAGAUUUGUUUCCUGGUUUAAGCGUGGGUGUUACAAUAAAGCUGGCAUGAAUUAGGGCCCAGCCUCACUUCCAAACUAAUCAGGCAAACUAAUAUAUUUUCUAAAGAUUUUCAAGGAUCACUUUUGGAGAAAAUGUAGUGAAAUGCUAUAAAAUGGUUUAAUAUAAAAUACAAUAUAAUGCAAGUCGUAAUAAUCCCACUGUUCUUUUAGUAAGGCUUGAUAUCUUAAGUCUUCUUUGUUUUUGUAUUCAACCUAAAAAAAAAAUGUAUUCCUUCAGUCGGGCUUGGUAUUAAUUGCAAUACUGUGAAAAGCUACUUCAGUUUGUAUACCUUUACCAAUAGUGUAAAUGAUGUUUAGUUAAAUUACUAACUUUUGUUUAUGUCUGUAAUAACACUCCACAGGACAGUUGGUCAACAUACCAAAGAAAUAUGACUGUGCCACAUUCUCCUUAGUGCAAUUAUGAAGUCUUAUGUAAUUAUUCUGUAAUGGAAAUUUAAUUGAGGUAUUAUGUCAAAUGCUUCUUACCUGUAUACAGUGUUUUAAUUAUGAAAUGGAUGUUAUUUGUUUACUUCGGAAUGCAGGUUUUAAAGAACACUAGAUUUACUAUUUUUCUAAGUUGUGUAUAUAUAUAUAUAUAUAUAUAUAUAUAGAACAUUCUAGGAUAUCUUGUUCCUUGGUUUAAAAAAAUAGUCCCUUUGAUUUCUGUAAUUAAAGAACAUACACUAAUAUUCCAUGUCAGAAGCAUACAACAUUUCAUCUCGUUAUGAUUUGAUUAAAGGGUUUAACCCUUUUUUUUUACUAUUUAAGAAUGUUUUCAAGGUUUCGGUAACAUCUGACUAAAAUCACGUCUUCCAGCAGUAUACAUAGGCAUUUUGCAUCUGAUCUCAAUUUAUGUGAGAACGAGAAAACUAUGAUUAUAGACACUGCAAAGUAUGUUUGAUCUCAUUUCAACAUUGAGUUCCACCAUCACACCCUUUAAACAUUGUGUUUGAGCUCUAGAUAUCUGGGUUACCUUUAGAUUUGUCUUUUUUCAGUUGUCCAUACGUGAGAUCAAUGGGGCCUGAGACCAAGGUGUUUUCUAAGGGGUAGUUCUUACAAAAAAGCUGUAGAGACCCAACAGUUUGACCAACCUAUAAUCCAAAAUAUUAGAACAUUUGAAGAUGUUUCUACCAAGAACAGUUUUUUUGGAGACAUUUUUUGUGAGGUUAAGGCAUAACAUCCUAAGAGACAUUUUUGGAAAGGUUCUGACCAACACAAUGUUUCCAAGUAUGCUCCAUUGCAUGUUGAUUUUCAGAAUUGUCUGUUUUAAUGACUGUAUUUUUGCAUGUACAUUACUUGGUUUAUAAAUCUAGAAGGAUAAUCAGGUUAUUGAUUAUAAAGGCAUUGCUUAGAUCAUAAAUAUCCCCACUGAAGAUAAAAUAAAGUAAAAAAGACA